CAAGAAUAUGAUUUAUCUUGCCACUUAUUAAAACAAAGCGUAACACUUAAUGCAGUCAAUUAAACAAGAUAAUAAUCGAUGGAAUUAACAAGUCAUUUCCUUCAUUCUCCUUGAACUAGUCAUAAGUUAUCUGUAAUCAUUGGUAUUUUGGUACCUGUAUAUUAAAAUGGCUAGCACCCUAUUCAAAAAAAAAAAAAAUGGCUAGUACAAAUUAAAGAUAAGCAUAAGGCAAAGUCCAAUGUCAAAUCUUUGAAUAUAUAAUAUACUUAGCCCCUUACGCCACAUAGAAUAUUAUAGUAUAGUUCCAAUUAUUAUCAGCUUUUGACCAUCAAUAAACCUAGUAAACUUCUUCCCUAGAUGACCUCUCUCAUUACAUCUUAUAUAAACCCAUUUUCUCAUCUUUAGUUUCCUCAUCUCAUACAUCAUUCUUUAACUUUUCUCCCUCAUAUAUACCCAUCAUCCUUGCUCAAUAUUCUACAACCAAAAUGUCUUCCCUUUUACCAAUGUUUGCGAUACUCAUGGCAGUUGCUUGUAUGUCAAGCACCCUGAUUGUGGCCCAAAACUGCGGCUGUGAUGCUGGUUUAUGCUGCAGUAGAUGGGGUUACUGCGGCACCACCGAUGCUUACUGCGGCGAGGGGUGCCAAGAAGGCCCUUGUUUUUCAAGCAGUGGUGGUUCGAUCUCAGAUUUGGUGACAGGUUCGUUCUUUAAUGGAAUCAUUGAUCAAGCAAGCUCUAGCUGUGCUGGUAAAAACUUUUACAGUAGGUCUGCUUUCUUGGAUGCUGUCAGUUUCUAUCCUCAGUUUGCGACUGAAGGAUCUUCCGACGAUAUUAAGCGUGAAGUUGCUGCUUACUUUGCCCAUCUGACCCAUGAAACUGGACAUUUUUGCUACAUAGAGGAGAUCGCAAAAGCAACAUAUUGUCAAGCGAGUGAUACAUGGCCAUGCAACCCAGACAAGCAAUAUUACGGAAGAGGACCUCUUCAGAUCACAUGGAAUUACAACUAUGGACCAGCUGGCCAAAGCAUUGGAUUUGACGGUUUGAAUGCACCUGAAACAGUUGCCAACGAUCCCAUCAUCGCCUUUAGGACAGCCUUCUGGUUUUGGAUGAACAAUGUCCACUCUCGGAUCAUCUCCGGCCAAGGGUUUGCGUCCACCAUUCGAGCUAUCAACGGUGGCGAAUGUGGUGGAGGGAACACACCGGCCGUCAAUGCUCGUGUUGGAUACUAUACUCAGUAUUGUGACCACUUUGGUGUUUCUCCCGGGGAUAACCUUUAUUGCUAGUCACAUAUAACUAAUAUAUAUAUAACCACUCUAAUGCUCUAUUAAUGCUCUAUGAAUCUAUGAUAAAAAGAGUAUGUUUGUAUGUGUUGUAAGGUUGUAACUUUCAAUUGGCCAAUUGUUAACUUAGCAAAAAAGUAAUCAUAUACUUAUAUAGGUAUGUUCAUUACUCUUUUGGUUCAAAACUAUUGUCUCUUUACUUGUUGAGGAUGUUA